AGUAUAUAUAUAUAUAUAUAUAUACACAAACACAUUCACACACUCACACCAUCUUGAACUCCAGUCUCAAAAACCACAGAACCAUGACAGACUAACCCAGAAAAAGAAUCCUUUUGUUUCCCCAAACUAUUCGAAGUUAGAUCAUGUGACUGGUCCCUCCCAACCAAGAUCCCACUCUAUUUAUAAAAAUAGCAACGAUCAUUGUGAAACACACAUACAAGGCAGUAGACGAAGGAAAAAGAGAACGAGAUUGUGAUUUUCGUCAACAUCGUACGAUACAUCAUCAGUGUAGAAAGUGUGAAAAAUUCUAGCAGUCGAAAUUUCUUUCAAAGAGCCACCUUGGACUAUGUGGAAAAGAAUGAAACAAGCAAUAUUAAUUGGAUUGACCAUUUUCAAUUGCUGGUUAUUUUUUCGUUUCUUCUACAUAGAAACUGAAACUUUCAAAGCUCCAUCAAAGGAAUGCAACUUAGAAGCAUGGUAUCUUCAAAAUAAUUCUGCCAGCAACAGUUUUAUGCCUAGUAUAUUUUCAUUUGGAAAACAGACUUAUUUUGAUAAAAGAGCAAAGGCAUUAGAAAAUAUGAAAAUUGUUUUUCGACCACAACCAAGUGGAUCGAAGGUGGAUCCAUGGUAUUAUCAUCACCAUGUACCAUAUCAACAUAGUUUUAAAAAAGUUAUUAAUGAACCUACUCUCUGCUCUCAACAUGAAAAAGUAUUUCUUCUUUAUGCUGUUCGUACUAUAUAUGACCAUUUUGACCGUCGAGAAGUAUUAAGGAAUAUUUUCUCAAAUAUUCCAGAAGAUUCUUGUGCAAAAGGUGUCCCCAUUAAACACCUUUUUCUUUUCGGUAAACCAAAUAAUUCUACAAUUGAAUCCCUUAUUCAAAAGGAGAGUGAAAUGUAUCAUGAUAUCCUCCUGGAAGAUUUCAAGGAAUCUUAUGUUAAUGUUUCUAUAAAAGCAAUCAUGGCAUGGAAAUAUAGUGUGGAAUUCUGUGCUAAUGCUGAGUAUGUUGCAGUAAUGAAUGAUGAAGCUUUCAUCGAUCUGAACCGGAUUGUGUCAUGGCUUGGCCAUGAUUUAUCUAAAGGCAAAUAUGAUGAUCAUUUUGCUCUUUGUUAUCGUAUCGGGGACUCACCGGCUUUACACAAACAUAUAAAACAGUUUACUUACUUAGAUGAGGAAAUAUUGUAUAGAGGAGAUUUCUAUCCUCCGUAUUGCCAUGGCUUUGGUUAUAUAGCACCUAUUAAUGUAAUUAAUAAACUCUAUCUGGCAGCUUUGCAGAAUGCUUAUUACAUGCCGACUGAUGUUUGGAUUGGUGUAUUGGCAGAAAUGCUAAAUAUUAAUAUAAUUAACCAUGAACAUCAAUAUAUUUUCACCGGAGUUUUGAAACAUUAUGCAUCUGGGAAAUAUCAGAAAUCUCCUACCAUUGUAGCAAUAUGUGAUUUUGAAAAUCUAAAAAGUGAAACAGGAAAAUUAAUGAGGCAACUUUAUCAAGUGAUUUAUAAUUAGAAUGGAGAUAAUAUUAAAUAGAUUAUAUCAAUUAAAAACAAAUAACCAUUCAUAUUGAUGAGAAUGGUCCAUCUUAUUAUAAUUCGGGUUGACAUGUGAGUACUCUAACCGAACCUAACCAUUUCUUACCAGUGUGUGGUUACGUAACCCAAAAUGCUUUCUUUCUUUAUGAUGUAUUUUGUAUUUUUAUGUAGUUUUCCUUUUUUUUUAAAUAUAUAAUUAAAAGGUGCAGCAGUUUAUAUUCUUAUAUUACUGUGAUAUAUAAAUAAGUAAGUAAGAAAGAAAGUCAGUCUGUCUGUCUGUGUGUGUGUGUGUGUGUGUAUGCAUAUUUGUAUAUGUGUAUGGAUAAGAAUGGAUGUAGGUUGGUGAUUGUUCUAUGUUUGAUGGUGUAGGUUGGUGAAUUCCUUGACAUGUCCUCUUUGACAGAGAAUAAAUCCGUUAAGGUCUUAAUUAAUUUUUAAUUACAACUGCUGAUAUCUAUUGAUUUCUUAUAGUUUCAGUCUCAUUGUAAAACCAUAAACUAAUUUAGAUAAGUGAAUUUGGAUUGUAUAUUUAUAUGAUGCUUUUGUUUCUUGCAUGUUUUAAGCCACGCCUAGUUCUCCUUGGUAUUCAAAUGUACUUUUUGAAAUGCAUCACUAGCCCAGCAAAUGUCAGUUAUGCCCGAGUCCAUGUUAAAAAUUUUAUCUAAUUAUGGUGUAUUGUAUAUUAUGAUGUAAUCUUUUAUAACUGUAUUAAUUAAAACUAUCAAAACAGC